AUGUCGGUCCGCCUCUGGCCCGGGCUCCAGCGCGGUCUGCAUACUACGCGGCGCGUCCUGCGUGAGAAUCGCGUGAGCACGCUUGAUUUUCAGCUGGGUACUAAGGAUGCCGUGUACCGCGCGCGCCUCGCUGCGCUCGAGCAGCUCUUGCCGACGAUCAAGGGCCGUUGGGGCGGCGUCGGCUUCGCGGUGAGCCAGGCGCUGGGCCUCGGCUGGAUGACCGAGAAGGAGGAGGAUGUGAUGCGCUUCGAGUCGUCGCAGGCCAUGUACCACCCCCUCUGGGCCGUCGACGCCAUCUGGAAGGUCAAGUGCAAGGGCGAUACGGGCCAGGCCACGGCUUCGUUCGUCUCGACCAACUCGACGUUCCCCGGCAAUGCGUGGAAGCCGAUGGACACGCUCCCCCUGCGCCCGCCCCCGGUGCUCGUGUCCGAGAUGGAGGAGCGCCCGGACGUGGUCGUGAAGAACGGCGACGAACCGAUGCACUACGUGCCUUUCGACGCGCAGCGGCAUCUGCACCCCAAGGUGGAUGUGGACGGAAAGAUUAGCGUGCUACCAUUCAACAUUUCCCCGCGCUCGCUGCCCGACAUCUUUCGCCACGCCGACCUGCGCUCGCUGAUGGUCGACAUGCUGGCCGACGGCCCCCCUCUGCACAUCAACCGCCGCUUCCAGGUCCUGCCUGGCGUCGAGAUUCAAGUCGCAAAGAUGAACGAGCAGCCGGACUCGGACGCGAACGCGAUGGUGCGCCUGGAGCGCGACUCGCUCGACGUCGACCUCAUGGCGUGCUACCCCGUGCUCCUCCCCGUGCAUCUCGUCCGUUUCCGCUACGACGCGAACGGCGAAAAAGACAAGCUCGCCACCGUUGCGCUCGGCGCGUGGGAUGAGCGCCUGCUUGUCUAUGCUUUGUACUGCGACGAGCAGCCCAACUGGGUCGCCAAGCAGCCGCCGAGCUGGCUCAACAUCGACAUGCUCGACUUUGACCCGCAUGUCCCUGUCGCCCAGUCGGUGCUCGACCCCAACGCAGGCGAGGGUGAGAGGGAGCGCUCCGAGGCGCGCAUCGUCGACCUUAUGGCGCAGCAGUCGCAGAUGCAAAACAUCUUUGAGAGCCGCGCCGAAGAGCUGAUCGACGAGGCCGACUGGACGACGUGCACGCAGUGGGAGUCGACGCAGGCGCCCGCUGAUGCCACGCCGGAAGCGGAUGCGGGCCUCGGCGAGAUCGACUGGAACGCGCACAACAUCCGCCCGAUGUACGACGGCGUCACCGAGAACCGCCAGUAUAUUGCGCUCGCUGGCGAGGCGCUCUUUUCGGCGCGCCUCCUCGAGAGCGUCGAGCGCGAUCGCAGCGAGGGGCGCGACACCUCGAACGUCCACACGAUCCACAACGGCAAUCUCGUCACGGGCGACGAGGCGAUCGCCGCUCUGCACGAGCGCCUCGCCGAGAUCAAAUCGUCGCGCGAUGCGAACCGCCCCGAGUGGAUGGGUGCUCUGAAAAACUAA